AAACACCAAGGCAGACAUAGGCUGCCAAAACGCAGAAAAACAAAAAUGAUUGUCUGUACUUUUAAUGCUCGUAUGCUGGCAUCUGCUGCAUCCAUUGAAGACCUUAUGGUACAAGCGCGAAAGAUCAAGUACGACAUCAUUAGUCUGACCGAAAUGAGAAGACAUCAAUCCCAUCAUGCUGUUUUCGACACUGGAGAAGAACUGUUCCUUGGAACAUGUGAUAAAAGAGGCAUCGGUGGUGUCGGUAUCCUUGUCAACACAAACUUAAUCAUGAGCAUUGAUUCAUUCGAAUGCCUAACAACCCGAAUCGGACGAUUACACUUGAAUAAAUGUGGCUCACUACCGGCAAUUUCUAUCUUUGUUGUCUAUGCACCAACAUCCAGGUAUGGUGAAAGAGAAACGGAGAAAUUCUACAUGGAGCUGGAGAAGUUCUAUAAAGAAGAUCACACCUUCUACAAGAUCAUUGUCGGUGAUUUUAAUGCCAAGAUAGGACCAAGAAGAUCAGUCGAUGAACUCCACAUCGGAACCCAUGACCUGGAAUGGAACGAACAGGGUGACAGACUGUCUGAGUUCAUCAUGUCAACCAAAACCUUCCAUGGUAACUCACAAUUCCAAAGGGCUGAAUCUAAACGUUGGACAUGGGAGUCUCCCGAUGGACGGUUCCACAAUGAAAUAGACCACAUCAUAUUCAAUCGGCGGUUUUGCCUAACCCAUGUUGCUGUUGUCCCAAAAUUCCAAACGGGAUCAGACCACCGUCUUCUUCGUGCAAAAUUCUACCUCACAAAACGAGGAGAAAAGAAUGCAAGGUUUAAGAAGAGGACUCCCAGAACAACCACCAACUGGGAGCUCUUUGGCUCUAUUGCGGCAACAUGGGAAGAUGCCGUCAUUGAAAACAUUGAUGAGGAAUACUAUCGAAUGAUUCAGCACCUCCAUGAUUGUGCAAGGAAUGCCAAGAGAGAGAUAACCACAAAAAACCGUCUUUCUUCGAACACUCUUGAACUUAUUCGCCAACGUGGCUUGGCACAUGCCUCAGGCAACCACAAGCGAACAUCCGAACUGGCAAAACAGUGCAGAGAAGCCAUCAAGGAUGACCUCAAAAACAGGAGAGCAGCAGUACUGGUAGAUGCAGCAGAAGCUGGGAAAAACAUUCGUAAUGCCCGCCUGUCCUUCACCAACUACAAAAUCAAGAUGACUGCCCUCCGACAUCAUGAUGGAUCUAUCACAUCUUCCAGAAGGGCAAUGGAGAAGAUUAUUCAUGAAUUCUACUCAGAUCUCUUUAAUAGCCGCAUCCACUUACCCACAUACCACAUACCACAUGAUGGAUAUGUCAUUCCCAUUGUUCUCCCUUCCGAAAUCCAACAUGCCAUCUCUUCGGUAAAGAAACAAAGAGCACCUGGCCCAGACAAGAUCAGACCUGAACACCUGAAGAACUUACCAUCAGUACUCAUCAAUACAUUGGCUCGACUCUUCACACGCUACCUGUCUGAAUGCAAGGUUACAUCCCAGUGGAAAACCAGCAGGACUGUACUACUAUACAAGAAAGGAGACAUCCACGACAUUGGCAACUCUCGCCCAAUCUGCCUAUUGUCUGUCAUCUACAAACUAUUCACUCGAAUCAUCCUGAAUAGGAUUAGCAGAACACUAGAUGAAGGAUAACCAUGUGAACAAGCUGGAUUCCGAAAAGGAUUCAGUACCAUCAACCAUAUCCACACAAUAACCAAGCUCAUUGAGGUAUCUUGGGAGUUCAAGAUGCCGCUAUGUCUAACGUUCAUUGAUUUAAAGAAGGCCUUUGAUUCUGUUGAGACGGAAGCGGUCAUGGAAGCCCUAGCCAAUCAGGGCAUACAAGCCAUCUGUAUACAGCGUGGUUGUUGCUGGAAUCCUGUAGGGGACAUGAAAAUUCCGGGGUGCUACUAUUCUAAGAAUCAUGGCUAUCAAAUGGAGGGUCCUGUGAAAGAAACAAAUACAGGUUUCACUGCACGAUUGCGAAGUUUACCAGUUCCAUCCGCGUAUGGAAACAGCGUCAGCAACAUUCUCCUCACAGCAGAAAAACAGACCUCUCGCCGCUUCCACUUCAAGUUGACAGAUGCAGACAAGAAAAGAUUUGAAGUGCCUCAUGAAAAUGUGAAACCCUUCCAAGGAAAUGCUGCUCCUAACUUGCUCUAUGACGUGAAGGUCUCCCAGGAACCUUUUAGUAUCCAAGUGAUCAGAAAGAGCAAUGGGCGUGUUCUGUUGGACACCAGCAUCGGGCCACUCGUAUUUUCUGACCAGUUCCUGCAGAUCUCUAUGCAACUUCCAAGUGCCAAUGUGUAUGGCCUGGGAGAACACGUGCAUCAGCAGUACAGGCAUGAUAUGAACUGGACGACCUGGACUCUGUUCUCCAGAGAUACAGUUCCCAAUCAGGAUAAAACUAACCUGUAUGGUGUACAGACAUUCUUCUUGUGCCUAGAAGAUGCAAGUGGAUCCUCCUUUGGAGUGUUCCUGAUGAACAGCAACGCCAUAGAGGUUACUCUCCAGCCUGCCCCAGCCAUCACUUACCACACCAUCGGGGGCAUUUUUGACUUCUAUGUGUUCCUGGGGGACACUCCAGAGCAAGUUGUUCAAGAGUAUCUAGAGCUCAUUGGACGGCCAGUCCUUCCCCCCUACUGGUCACUUGGAUUUCAUCUCAGCCGUUAUGGUUAUGAAUCCCUAGAUAAGAUGCAAGCAGUCGUGAAGAAAAACCGGGAUGACCAGAUUCCUCAUGAUGUGCAGCAUGCUGAUAUCGACUAUAUGGAUCAAAGAAGGGACUUCACUUACAAUCCAGUACAAUAUAAGGACUUCCCUGAGUUUGCUAAGGAGUUGCACAAAAAUGAUCAGAAAUUGGUCAUCAUUGUGAAUCCAGCCAUCUCUAAUAACUCUUCUAAAACUAAUCCCUAUGGACCAUAUGAGAGGGGCUCAAAAAUGAGUGUGUGGGUACAAGCUCCUGAUGGAACUCCAAUCAUCGGAGAGGUCUGGCCUGGAAAAACUGUGUUUCCUGAUUAUACCAACCCUCAGUGUGCUGCUUGGUGGACAGGUGAAUUUGAGCGUUUCUAUAAAGAAGUGGAGUUUGAUGGAAUCUGGAUUGAUAUGAAUGAAGUUGCCAACUUUGUGCGUGGUUCAGUUACGGGAUGUUCCAAAAGCUCUCUAAAUUAUCCCCCAUUCACUCCCAAAAUCCCGGAUGAUUUCUUGUUCAGCAAUACUCUCUGCUUAGAUGCGGUGCAGCACUGGGGCAAGCAGUAUGAUGUCCACAGCCUGUAUGGCUACUCCAUGGCAAUUGCCACAGCAGAAGCUGCCAAGAAAGUAUUCCCUGGAAAGAGGAGCUUUAUACUCACCCGCUCUACCUUUGCGGGAUCUGGCAAGUUUGCAGGCCAUUGGCUAGGAGACAAUGCAGCUACCUGGGAUGACCUCCGCUGGUCCAUUACUGGCAUGCUCGAGUUCAACCUUUUUGGUAUUCCAAUGGUAGGGGCUAACAUUUGUGGCUUCUUAAUGGACACCAAUGAGGAGCUCUGCACGCGCUGGAUGCAGCUGGGAGCCUUUUAUCCAUUCUCCAGAAAUCACAACGGCCAAGGUUUCAGGGAUCAGGACCCUACUGCCUUUGGAGCAAAUUCUCCAUUGGAGAUUUCCUCCAAGAAAUACCUGAACAUUCGCUACACCUUACUGCCCUACCUCUACACCCUCUUCUAUCGCGCCCACACCAGGGGAGACACUGUGGCGAGGCCUCUUAUGCAUGAGUUCUACAAUGACAGCAACACGUGGGAUGUGCACCAACAGUUCUUAUGGGGUCCUGGCCUUCUCAUCACACCUGUGCUGCAGGAGGGUGCAGACCAAGUGGAGGCAUAUGUACCCAAUGCUGUCUGGUAUGAUUAUGAGACUGGAGCUAAACUGAACUGGAGGAAAGAAAUAAAGACCAUGAGGCUUUCUAAAAAUCACAUCGGACUUCACCUCCGAGGAGGCUACAUCUUCCCCACCCAACAGCCGGCGACAACCACAGUGGCCAGCCGAAGGAACCCUCUUGGUCUCAUCAUUGCCCUGGAUGAGAAAAGACAAGCGAAAGGUGAACUCUUCUGGGAUGAUGGAGAAUCGACAGGUACUUUGGCCCAAGACAAACAUAUCUUCUAUGAGUUUUCUCUCAUCAAUAACCGCUUGGAUAUGAAGCCUUUGCCUUCAACCUACAAAGAUCCUAAUAAUUUAGAAUUUCAAGAUAUUAAAAUACUCGGGAUCACACGUAUUAUUAAUGUAACAGUGAAGCACAAUGGUGCUCCAACUCAAAUGUCUCCUGAAGUCACUUAUGAUGAUAAACUACAGAUCGCCAACAUCACAAAACUUAAUCUUGCCCUGGGAGAAAUGUAUACCUUGGAGUGGGAACUAUAUACAAGGAAUGAAGAUAAAAUAGACUGCUACCCCGACCAGGAUGGUGCCACCGAGGAGAAAUGCAUUGCACGUGGUUGUAUCUGGGAGGAAACCAAUGCUGAGCGAGUCCCUUACUGCUAUUUUAACGACAGUCUAUACAAUGUCCACAAUAUUCAGAAACUACAAAACGGGAUUACAGCUUCCCUCACCAUAAAGCCCCAGGCUCGUGCUAGUGCUUUCCCCUCAACACCUGUGACACAGCUCAGUCUGAGUGUCACCUACCAUAAGAAUGAGAUGCUGCAGUUUAAGAUUUAUGAUCCCAACAACAAACGCUAUGAAGUCCCAGUUCCUCUCAACUUACCCAAUACUCCAUCCAGCACCCCUGAAGGUAGACUUUAUGAAGUCGAAAUUGCAGACGAUCCAUUUGGGAUUUUAAUCAUUCGGAAGAGCACAGGCACCACCAUAUGGGACUCCCGCGUCCUUGGCUUCACUUUCAAUGACAUGUUCAUUCGUAUCUCCACGCGCCUCCCCUCCACCUAUCUCUAUGGCUUUGGGGAGAAUGAGCACACAUCUUUCCGAAGAGACUUGAACUGGCGCACCUGGGGGAUGUUUUCCCGAGACGAACCCCCUGGGUACCUGAAGAAUUCUUAUGGUUUCCAACCCUACUACAUGGCCAUGGAGGAGGAAGGAAAUGCCCACGGGGUGCUCCUGCUAAACAGCAAUGCCAUGGAUGUGACAUUCCAGCCCAUGCCAGCUGUAACAUAUCGUACCAUAGGAGGAAUUCUGGACUUUUAUGUGGUCUUGGGGCCCACUCCAGAACUUGUCACUCAGCAAUACACUGAGCUAGUUGGUCGCCCAGUGAUGGUUCCUUACUGGUCCUUGGGAUUUCAGCUCUGCCGUUAUGGAUACCAGAAUGAUUCAGAGAUUGCCGAUUUGUAUGAUAGAAUGGUGGCUGCCCAGAUCCCCUAUGAUGUGCAAUACUCUGACAUUGACUACAUGGAGCGACAGCUGGACUUCACCCUCAACCCCAAGUUUAAGGGCUUCCCAGAGCUGAUUAAUCGCAUAAAGAACGAUGGGAUGCGAAUCAUCCUCAUUCUGGAUCCAGCCAUUUCUGGCAAUGAGACUCAGCCCUAUCCUGCAUUUGAGCUGGGGAAAGAGAAUGAUGUUUUCAUCAAGGAUCCAAGUGAUGGAAGCAUUGUCUGGGGAAAGGUCUGGCCUGAUUUACCCGGUGUUGUUAUAAACAGUUCUCUAGACUGGGAUACUCAAGUGAAGCUGUACCGAGCUCAUGCAGCUUUCCCAGACUUUUUCCGAACUUCAGCUAUAAACUGGUGGAAGAAUGAGUUGAAAGAAUUACACACCAAUACCCGGGAACCCGAAAAGAGCCUGAAGUAUGAUGGCAUAUGGAUUGAUAUGAAUGAACCCUCCAGCUUUGUGAAUGGGGCAGUUGAAGGCUGCAAAAAUCCCACUCUGAACCGACCUCCCUAUAUGCCACAUCUGGAAACGAGAGACAGAGGUCUAAGCAGCAAGACCCUGUGCAUGGAGAGUGAGCAUAUCCUGGAAGAUGGCACCAAAGUACAACACUACAAUGUGCAUAACCUAUAUGGGUGGUCCCAGACCAGACCUACCUACGAAGGUGUGCAGGAAGUGACUGGAGAGCGAGGGAUUGUCGUCACCCGCUCCACGUACCCAUCUUCUGGUCGCUGGGCAGGACACUGGCUGGGAGACAACACUUCUGGGUGGGACCAGUUGAAGAAAUCUAUCAUUGGCAUGAUGGAGUUUAGCCUCUUCGGCAUAUCCUAUACAGGAGCAGAUAUUUGUGGGUUCUUUCGAGAUGCUGAAUAUGAGAUGUGUGCUCGCUGGAUGCAGCUGGGGGCCUUUUACCCCUUCUCGAGGAACCAUAACACCAUUGGGACCAGGAAUCAAGACCCUGUGUCCUGGGAUAAAGAAUUUGAGGAUCUCUCCAGAAAUGUCCUGAACAUCAGAUACACCUUGUUGCCAUAUCUCUAUACCCUGAUGCACCUGGCCAACACAGAGGGCGUUACUGUUGUGCGACCUCUACUCCAUGAGUUUGUGUCGGACAGGAAAACUUGGGACAUAGACAGUCAGUUCCUGCUGGGUCCAGCUUUCCUGGUCAGCCCUGUUCUGGAACCUAACGCUAGAACUGUCAAUGCAUAUUUUCCUGAUGCCCGCUGGUAUGAUUACCACACGGGUGUGGACAUUGGAGCAAAGGGAGUAAUGAUGAACUUGUCAGCCCCUCUCAACCACAUUAAUCUCCAUGUCCGUGGAGGCUACAUUCUGCCCUGGCAAGUGCCUGCACAAAACACACACUUCAGUCGUCAAAAUUUUAUAGGCUUCAAGGUUGCCUUGAGUGAUGCAGGAGCUGCUGAAGGCAAGCUCUUCUGGGACGAUGGGAAAACCAUUGAUACCAUUGGAAAAAAGAGCUAUUACUUGGCAAACUUCUAUGUCAGCAAUAACAUGAUGAAAAGUGACAUAGUUUUCAACAACUACAUUAGCGACUCAAACCCUCUGCUGCUGGGGUUCAUUGAUAUCUGGGGAGUGGACAGAGCCUCCACAGCCCAAAUCAAGAUGACUGUUUUGAUUAAUGAGGUUGAUACACAAGUUAUAACACCCAAAGCAAGCUACAACUCUACAUCAAAGAUAUUAAGCAUUACUGUGACCAAUGAAAACAUCAGCUUGCAAAACUUCGUUUCAUUGACAUGGUAAAACACUCUGUGAACUUUUAAUAAGAG